AUGUUCUUCAAGUACGCUGAGAUCAACUCCUUUUACAUGGAGCGGAAAUGGAUCGAAGAGAAGGUCGCCAUCUGUUAUAGCUCGACAACUACAUAUUCAGCCAUCGAUUUUCCUUGGGUAUGCUGUGUUCUUGUUGUUCUGGCUAUUGGUACUCAGGUAGCCCAUAUGGAGGACGGAAAACUAGAGCCCACUUCAGAGAUCACCGAGGAACUCAACUUGUGCUCCGAGGACUCAGUCGGGCUAAUCUUUUACCACGCGGCAUGCAAGCUUAUUCCAGAUGUUCUUUUGGUUGCCUCUCAGGAAAGUGUGCAAGUGUUUUUGCUUCUCGCCACAUACUCACUGCCUGUUUCCACAGGUGGCCUUGCAUACACAUAUUACGGUCUUGCAAUGAAGAUGGCGAUUCAAAAUGGGAUGCACCGCAAAUACCAAGGCGGUAAUUGUGACCCUAGAAUCAUCGAAAUCAGGAAUCGUUUAUUUUGGACAACAUACACUGUUGAAAAGUACGAUAUCCAAGUGGCAUCUUAG